GCCGCCGCGGGGCGUGGCGUGGCGGGCGGCCCCUGCCGGCGGUGGAUGCCCGCUCCCGGCUCUCCCCGCGCUGCGCCCAGCCCGCCGCGGUUCGCCCGGCCCUGCCGCCAUGGCCUUCACGUUCGCCGCCUUCUGCUACAUGCUGGCGCUGCUGCUCACCGCCGCGCUCAUCUUCUUCGCCAUCUGGCAUAUUAUAGCAUUUGAUGAACUGAAGACUGAUUACAAGAAUCCAAUAGACCAAUGUAAUACACUCAAUCCUACAGUUGAAAAGGUCAAAAAGAUUAAAAGAGUCAAAAUUGCAUUAAAGCUUGUACUUCCAGAGUACCUCAUCCAUGCAUUCUUCUGUGUUAUGUUUCUCUGUGCAGCAGAGUGGCUUACGCUGGGUCUCAAUAUGCCUUUGCUGGCUUAUCAUAUUUGGAGAUACAUGAGUAGACCUGUGAUGAGUGGCCCUGGUCUGUAUGAUCCUACAACCAUCAUGAAUGCAGAUAUAUUAGCCUAUUGCCAGAAAGAAGGAUGGUGCAAAUUAGCAUUCUACCUUCUAUCAUUUUUUUACUACCUAUAUGGCAUGAUUUAUGUUCUGGUGAGCUCUUAAGAAGGCAUUCAGCAAGCUUCCUUCCAGUUAAGUGCAUGCAAAAGCCACAAAACAUGGAUUCUUUACAACGAGAACCUCUUACCAAGAUUAAAUAUGGAAUCUGACGAUCGCAUUUGCUUUAGAAAACAAUGACCCCUCUUUUUAAAACAUUUCCACAUUUUAUACUUGUGGAAAGACUGUUUUCUUAUUUUACUGGGACACUGAAAUGAAUGAAUUGUAUGUAAAUUAAUACGAAGGUUACUGGGUUUGAAAAGUUUUGACUUUGCACUCCACAAGGAACAGCCCUAAUCUCCACAUAGGUAUCGGUUACUGACUAGCCUUAGCCCACUAGGGGUCUCCUUUAGGCUGGGCUUUGUAGUGGCUCAUCUGGACUUGCGUAUCCCACUCUAACUGUAAAUCAACUGUAGGUGCUGAGGGCUUGGGGAGGACUGGAAGUGCUGUCUGUGCUUUACCUGUAGGCAACGUCAGUCUUAGGAGAUGAAUUCAUGGAUACAAUUGCAAAAGUAAGAGUUCUAUUUUGGUUUAUUUUGGGUUUUGUUUUCUAUCUGGUUAAUUUUCCCUGUAUAUGCAUGGUUCAGAGAGUUCUGUAUUUUCUCCAAAUGUUAAGCUUGCUUUAAUCUCGAGUAUCUGUCAUUGUGAUAGAAGUUGAAUUGUCCACAAAGGAAUGAAUUUAAAUGACGGUUGUUUUUGUUAA